AUGGCGGGCCGCAUUCUUCCAGUUGCAUUGGCAGCUGUUGUUGGGGUCUCGAUUGGUAUUGCGACCUUUGAUGAAGAGUUCAAGGCGCAGAGGAUGGAGAGGCUCCAGAAAGAAUAUGAUCAAGAGGUUGCGGCUGCAGCGGCAUUGAAUAGCGAGGGUCCUUCGCCUAUGGCCUCGAGCGCGGCAUCGUCCCCGGCGCCUGAGAAAUUGCAAGCUAAGAAGGAGGAAAUCAAAGCAUCCGCAUCGCCUACGCCGUCUGCAUCAUCAACAUCCUCGUGGUCGUCACUUCUUGGACUCUGGGCAUGGAAAAAGGAUGCGAAAAGGGAAACUACACCAGCAGCAGCGCCUGCUAAGGAUAUCACAGAUGCGGCAAAGGGAAAGCCGUGA